AUGGAUAGAAUCUACGGCCAGGCCCUGUUAACCAUCGUCUUCCUAGCUGGCUCCGACGUCAACUGUGCACUUCCUGGCGUCGCCACCGGAUCUCGCACACCGUCGCAGUCACCUGUGCAGCUAGGAUCCCUGAUAUUGGCUCCUGAACUGCGAAGCCUUGCGGCUACGGUUGAAUCGUCUACAUGGCGAAGCCGAGGUUGGACAUUCCAGGAAGGAAUGCUUUCCAGGAAACGCUUAUAUUUCUCCGACUCUCAAGUUUAUUGGCAUUGCUCUGCGGCGCAUCGCUCAGAAGAUGGAGAAGAAAGUCCGGCAGGAGAGCUUUCAUCUUGGAGCAUGAACCCUUUAGAACGGCAGGUCAGCCACGACCCCAGACUAAGGUUCAACGUCUACGAAUCACUGGUCAAACAGUACACUCGACGGACGCUGACAUAUCCGUCUGAUUCUCUGAAUGCAUUCGUUGGAAUCCUCUCCGCAAUCGAGGAGUCGUUUGGAUGGCGAUUUGCGAGCGCCCUACCCGAAAAUCUGUUCGACUUUGCUCUCCUCUGGUCACCCAUGUGGCAAAGCCAACUACGACCAAGGGAGCCACUUGGUUCAGCUUGCAGGUCACCAACCUGGUGCUGGACGGCCUGGGAAUAUGACAUCUACUGGGAUCCUUGGCGACUUGACUCUUACGCCGGAAAGCGUGUGACACUUAAGUCUGAAGUGAGGGAUUUCAUCAUAAUGGACAAGGUUGGGGGGCGCAAGAUUGUCCGAGAGGAUCACAGUCUCCGAGAAGCUCUCCCCAAUUCUUUGCCAGCCCUGUCCGAGGCACCAGAACUUACGGCCUUGAACGAGAACUCUACUGCUUAUGCACUGGUCUUUGAAUCUCUCAGUCUAGGAGCCGAUAUAUACACAAUCUCAUCGCCCCGUCCAGAAUUGUCCAGGACAUUAUCGCGCCCCUUCUCAGGCUCCUUCACCAACACGUUACAUUGCCAACUUUGGAUCUAUGAUGCAGCAGGGUAUCAUUGUGGAACACUUAGGGGAUUCAAUUCAUGGAAACCUUGCCCAGAUUCCGCUUAUGAGUUUGUCCUACUCUCACGCAGCGACCAAGACAAGAUUAUUCAGGCAGAUGUUGACGGCUAUCGCGACCAUCUACCCCCGGAGUACCCCUCAGCUGAUGAAUACUAUGAAGAGAUUUUUGAUACAAGCAUUUACCAGUACAAGAGUUGGUGGGCUCUGAAUAUCUUGCUAGUGGAGCGAAAAGGAGAUUUGUCGCAGCGGCUGGCUGUUGGGCAAUUGCACGCCGAUGCUUGGGACGCGGACAGGCAGAAGAUGAAGAGUUUCGUUCUUGUGUAG